AUGAUAAUAGACGCCAUUUAUUCCAUACCUCUAAGUUGCGGGAGUCCCCAAGUGUUUCUAGCUACGUCCUCGUCGUCUCCCCUGGACCCUGUCCUGACCCCGGGCCAAGCAGAAGGCGGUAUCGAAGUUCUGGAAGAUAUUUCCAUCACCUCGUUGUCUGAGUCGGAGCUGGGGCGAAAGCGCCUUUACUCAGGGGGUUCUGAAAACUCUGGCAUGGAGACAGGGACGGGAGCGACCGCGGGGAGUAGAACCCGUCCAGUGGCCAAAAGGGGCAAGGCACCCACACUCAGGGGCGCCAGAGCAGCUCUGAGAGAGCGCGUGGAGAGAGACCGGGAGGAAGAGUUUGAGGCGGCACUUGACAAGAGAGCAUUUAGGAAGGAGCAGGGUGUGGGGGGUCAUAUGGAGGAGACCCCCAUCGAGAUAGACAAUAUCGAGGAACGGGGGGCCGAGGAGCUCAGGGUGGCCUCUGAGGCCAACCUUAACUUAAUCCUCGGCUUGACUGGGAAGUCAGUCAACCUCAAGGGUGGUUACGCUGCCAAAAUCAGAAGGGCCGCCGGUUCCAUUAGGGAGAUGCUGGAGUCCCUAGUGGUCCGCACCGAGACGGACGAAGUCCGAAGGCUGAGGGCGGACAAUUGUCGCCUCGCGCGGGAGCUGGAGUUGUGCCGUGAGGAGAUACGCGCUUACAAACGGGAGUUCGAGGAUAGCCGCAAAAAGGUGGCUGAAUCUACGAGCAGAAAGGAGUCUGCCGACCUAAUGCAGGAUAUAGCGAUUAUGGUCGGCAACAUUGUGGACGACCGCAUGGCGGCUCUUCAGCUCCCUGCUGCCCCUCCUUGCGGCACCCCAAUGGCUAGGGACAGCAGACCACUGGCGCGAGCUACAAGGGCCACCAGUGCGAACAAGAACCGAAUGACGGCGGCCUCUAGCGCUAGUGUGGGUGCCCAAUUAGACUCGGAGGAGCCCCCCACCCUUCCCCUAGCAUCGAGCAAGGGAAAGGGGAAGGGAAAGGGCAAAGGAAAGGGAAAGGUUAAGGAGGUGGAGUGGACUGCGUUCGGUCCCUCCACCUCAAAGCAAGCGGCCACUCAACGGAAGGAGGGAGAGGUGGCCAUACCCCAUGAGGAGCCGAGGGCAAGCUGGACGGAAGUCGUCCGCCGAAAAUCGGCGGCGAACAAACGGACAGCUUCAGUGCCGCCGGCGAAGAAUCCGGUGACAAAAAAAACGGCAGCCUCAACGCCGCCGGCCAAGAAGGAGACCCCGAAGCCUAGGCUGGCGCUCCCUCGCUCUGCGGCCGUAAUUAUUAAGUUACGGCCGGAGGCAGUAGCCAGGGGGGCCACGUACGGGUCGACAUUGCUUAAGGCCGAGAGCAAUAUCGACCUCAACGAGCUGGGAAUAGGCCCGCUUCGAAUUCGCCAGUCGGCGACCGGGGCGCGACUUAUCGAGGUGACCGGCUCCACGUGUGGGGAGAAGGCCGAUGCCCUCGCCGCUCGUCUAAAGGAGGCCUUGGCUGAGGAGGUGGAGGUGCUCCGGCCUGAGAAGCGGGCAGAGAUGCGAAUCUCAGGCCUGAGCGACGCGGUCACGGCGGAGCGCUUGGCUACUGCGGUGGCGAAGGAGGGGGGCUGUUCUCCGGGAUAA